GGAAAUUGUCGAGCUGUCAAGUUGCGCUAUUUUGACGCAUUGUUAAGUCGAAUCUGUCAAAGCUGUCAAAGCAAACUUCUACUGCCUCUCUCUUUUCCGGCCUUUACGGUAGUUGUGUGAACACAUUUUUGUCGAGGGCCAACUUAGCCAACACAUCCGAGCAAGAUGGUGAAGGGUAAUCAUAUAAUUCCAAAUGCCCAUUUCCACAAAUAUUGGCAACGGCACAUUCGCACCUGGUUCAACCAACCAGCUCGCAAAUACCGUCGCAGACAGAACCGUAUCAAGAAAGCAAAGGCUGUCUUUCCACGUCCAGCGGCCGGCCCGCUGCGUCCAAUUGUGCGGUGCCCUUCGCAGCGCUACAAUACCAAGAUCCGCCCUGGACGUGGUUUCACCCUCGCUGAACUUAAGGGUGCUGGUCUUACCAAGAGUUUCGCCCAAACCAUUGGUAUCGCUGUCGAUCCCCGUCGCCAGAACAAAUCGAUCGAGAGCCGCCAGCAAAACAUUCAACGUUUGAAGGAAUAUCGCAGCAAACUGAUUCUUUUCCCGAUCCACCCGAAGAAGAAGCUCCGCAAGGGCGAAGCCACCGAGGAGGAACGUAAGCUGGCCACCCAGCUAAAGGGCCCAGUGCUGCCGAUCGUGAACGAGAAACCCUCGAUCGAAUUCCGCCCGAUCACCGAGAAGGAGAAGAAGUUCUCCGCAUUCCUUGCUGUGCGCCAGGCUCGUCUGCAUGCGCGUCACUUUGGUGCCCGCGCCAAGAAGGCGAAGGAGAAUGCGGAGAACGAGGCCAACCCGGCUGCUGCCAGCGAGAAGAAAAGCAAGAAGUAAAUUUGCCAGGACUUCCGGCGGGUAGAAUUUUAUUCUUUAUAAUUUUCUCGUGUAUUUAAGUGGAUGGAAUAAUGAUUGUAAGAGGAGGCGGAUUAAUAAAAACCAGCUGGAUAUGUAUCCAAUUAGGAAUUUAUUCGUUCAAAUAAUA